AGUGCGCGCCGUUCACUCGCGCAGGAGACUCAAAGCCAGGGACAUACAGGUCGCCUUGGGACACAUGGCCUCCACGACAUUCGUCACCCCAUGGGCACGACUGCGCCUCAGGCCUCUUCAGGCAUGGUUCCUCUCCGUUUUCAACCCAUUGACAGACUCACCAAACAGGUGGCUCACUAUACCGAGGGCCGUGACUUCCUCCCUCCGAUGGUGGCUAGACUCCCAAAACGUGUGCAUAGGUAUGCCCUUCGUCCAGCCUCAACCACAAAUGACUCUGAUGACGGAUGCGUCGAUGGAAGGCUGGGGUGCACACCUUCGGGACCUAUGCGUAAGAGAGAAGUGGUCCCUGCAGGAACGUGCGCUCCACAUCAACGCGCUGGAAAUGUUGGCGGUCGAGAAGGCUCUGAAAGCAUUCGAAUCCACCGUUUCAGGCAAGGUGAUUCUACUCAGGACCGACAACACAACUGUGAUGUACUAUGUCAACAAACAGGGAGGCACCAAAUCCAGAACUCUCUUAGACAUCACGUUAAGGAUCUGGGACUGGUGCAUCCACAGGUGCAUUCUCCUUCAGGCGAUUCACCUACCAGGAGAAGAAAACACCCUAGCGGAUCAGCUCAGCAGGACAUCAACCUGCCACGAGUGGAGGCUUCAUCCAGAGACAGUCGACCUGUUUGCGACAGCCUCCAACAGCCACUGUCCCCAGUUCUGUUCUCGGGUGCGACACGAGAGUCCUCUCGGAGAUGCAUUUGCCUUCGACUGGUCCCGGGAAACGAUCUAUGCCUUUCCCCCGUUUCCACUGCUGACCAGGGUGGUGUCCAGGAUGUCCAGGGAGAGAGUCGACGCGAUCCUCAUCACCCCGUGGUGGCCGAGACAGCCGUGGUUUCCGCUGCUUCUACACCUUUCCAACGGCGAGUUUCUCCGGCUGGAACCGAGGCCGGACCUUCUCACCCUCCAAGGGGGGAGGGUUCGGCAUCCCGACAUCGACUCGUUGCCGAUGGUGGCCUGGAGGCUCCUGCAUUGACGGCGCUGACACCUUCGGUGCGGAGGGUGAUCCGUGCCGCGCAUAGGCCUGCGACCCAGAGAUCCUAUGCCUCAAAAUGGAAGAGAUUCCUUUCAUUCCUUGCUGAAAGGAGUUUGUCGCCGGAGAGCAUCACUGUGCCAGUGGUGCUGGACUUCUUGAUGUCACUGGUGGAUGCGGGGCUGUGCCUUGCUUCCAUAAAAUGUUACCUGUCUGCUAUUUGUUCACAUUUUCAAUAUGAUGGUUUGCCUUCCUUUUUCAGGGACCCUCUGGUAAAAAACUUCUUAAAAGGAUGUAAUAACCUCUACUCCCAGGUUUCUCUCCCUGCCCCGGCUUGGAGCUUGGAGGUUGUGUUGGCUGCCCUCCAGUCCAAGCCCUUUGAGCCCUUGGCCACAACAGACUUAAGACUCUUAACCUGGAAGACUGUUUUCCUGGUGGCCAUCACCUCGGCUCGCCGGGCAGGAGAACUUUGUGCCCUACGGAGGGAUGAACCUUUCCUCCGGUUCCACAAGGACAAGGUGGUACUCCGGACUGAUAUCACCUUCCUCCCGAAGGUGGUAUCCCUUUUUCACAUGUGUCAGGACAUUGUGUUGCCGACCUUGGCUUCGAAUCCAUCGACUAUGGAGGAACGCAGCCUCCAUAUGCUGGACGUCAGGAGAGCCCUGGCUUUCUACCUGGACAGGACUAUGGGUUCCAGCCGUUCCGAAAGGCUUUUCCAGUGCUAUUCGGAACCAAGGAAGGGUUUGCCGGUGUCGCCCCAGAGACUCUCAAAAUGGGUGGCGAGCACCAUCCGCCUUUGUUAUGAACUGUCGGGGAAGCCGGUACCGGCCAAGGUCCGCUCGCAUGCGACCAGGGCGGUCGCAGCAUCCUCUGCCUUUUUGGCUGGCAUUCCUUUAGAUGAUGUUUGCAAGGCUGCUGUUUGGUCCCAGCCAUUGACUUUUAUAAAACAUUGUAGACUGGACACCAGGGCAAUUCGGGAUGCAGCCUUUGGGAGGGCUGUCUUGGUUUCUGGGUUGCAUUGAUGUCUUAUUUUGUGUCAUGUGCCUUUGAAUUGGUCUAUAAUGUGCUCACUUGUGUUUGCUUCCAGGGAGACUGGUCUUGCAUGACCUUACAAUUCCUCCUCAGGUUCUGCAAAGUUAUUAUUCACUGCAACUGUGGGUUAUGUUUGCACAAUGCCAAUGGGUAUGGUCGUGCGUGACCCUACAUGCCCUUCUUAUGCCUUGCAUGUUAUGUCUGCAUUUGAUAUGUUGUGCAAAAAACAGGACUGACUCUUUGAUGGUUCACAGUUUAUUGUUGUAAUAAAAUUACCUUGGUUUACCAUA